UAGGUAAAUUUUUUGUGGUCGUUUUUUAUAAGGUUUAUUUUUUUUUAUCUCAAAAAUCUAUUAUUACGAUUUUUUAAUGAAAUUUCUUCUUAGUAAUGUAAACGUUGUAUUUUCAAUGUUGUAUUAUAGUAAAUAUUUUCAAUGAAAACUAUAGCGAACAUGAUCGCUCCGGCCGUUUUUAAGUAAUUGCAAAAAGAUCUUCUCUUCUCAGUAAAAAGACGUACAAAGCGCUGCGAAGGGAGUCCCUUAUGCUUGUAACCUACAUGAGACUAAUUAAUAUCCCCAUUUGGCCUUUCCCCUAUUUGUAUGGUAAAUACGAAACCCUAUACCGAGCACGACUCGAUAUGCUCUUGACCGAUUUUCUAAAUAUAGUGUAAUACAUCAUUUACCCUCUGUAUCAUGAUACAGUGUCACAUUCUGUGUCUUUUGUACAUUUGACACUUUUGCCCUUUAUCCCAUUGUAAUCUGUCGAUAAAUAUUAACAAACAUACUUUUAAAGAAGCCAAACAUUAAAGCAUGACUAAAUCUAUUUUGUUUUGCUUAUAAUACAAUAGCUAAUUAUCUUCUAAACGGGCGGUCAACAAUAAUAUCAAUCGGCGUCCUGCACGAUACAUGGCAGACGUGUUUCUAAUUAGCUACAGUAAUCACCUCACUAAAUUAGAAACGACAUUUAUAGAAAAUAUAUAAGUAAUGCUUAAAUUUGUAACUGUUCUGGCAAUUCUCCUUUAGGGAAUACAGCAAGAAAAAAUUACAAAUAUUAAAGAGCUGCGAACAAAAAUGCUUUUACCAUGUCUAUUAAUUUUCGGCUACGCCUUAGCGUUGAGCCCCGAAAGAUGGGAAAAAGCAAGCCGUGAUAAAUACAGCGAAGAACGGACAUCCUCCAACCCCGACAUGAAUUACUCUCCUACACCUUUAUCGGAGAGCCUCAAAAUCUGGACUUUCCGCGAUUCGAGCGGUUCGAGGGAUGUGAGAAUCGACAGUGGGGUUGUCCGAGGACAUUUGGAGAAAGACAGUGAUGCAGAGUACUUCGCGUUCCUGGGGAUACCUUAUGCUGCGCCACCGACUGGAAGUAGUCGGUUUAUGGCUCCAUUCCCUCCUAAACCAUGGUUCAACGUAUUCUACGCCAACCGAACUGUCAUGUGCCCUCAACUAGGCAUCGGUGACGAGAAUUGCCUUAUAAUCAACGUGUUCACCCCCACCUCCCUCCGUACACAACUCCCCGUCAUCGUCUACAUCCAUGGAGGAUCCUUUCUCAUGGGCUCGGGGCCGACCAAAGGACUCGGUCUACUCGUCAAACAGAACUUCAUCGUAGUAACAUUCAACUAUAGGCUCGGAGUACUAGGCUUCUUGUGUUUAGGAAUAGAGGAAGCUCUCGGAAACGCAGGGCUGAAAGACCAGACAGCAGCACUUCAAUGGGUCCAAAGAAAUAUUCAGCAAUUUGGAGGAGACCCUGCCAUGGUGACCGUAUACGGCAUGAGUGCCGGCGCCGCGUCGGUCGAAUACCACAUACUGGCUGCACCGGAAGGCUUGUUCCAAAAGGCAAUUAUUGAGUCCGGAUCUGCCACCACUGUCUGGUCAAUAGACUCCGAGCCCAUUGAUACUGCUAAGCACUUCGCCAAUAUGCUAAAACCAGAAUCACCGAUCAGGAAUUUGGAAGAACUCGUUCACUUCUUGCAGACAAGAACAUCAGAUGAAUUAAGUGAAGUCAACUAUAGGCUUUAUCGUUCUUUAACGGAUGGGACAUUCGGAUUCGUCCCGUGUGUAGAGAACAGAUAUAAUUCCCGAGAUGCAUUCAUAUUGGAUCCCCCUAUUGAGAUAUUAGAAUCUCGGAACUAUUCUGAUGUCCCAAUAAUGUUUGUACAUGCCUCUCUAGAAGGUCUCUUCUUGAGAAGCUCAGAAUAUUAUGAGAUGGAUUACAAAGUCGGUAUGAAUGAAAAUUUCCUUGCAUAUAUGCCAAAAGAUCUUAACAUAGACAGAGAACCGACUAGGAAACCAGUUAUUAAAAAAGUAAAACGGGAAUACUUUGGUCCCAAGGGGGUAGUAGAUGACGAGCAUUUGUUUGGAUAUUUAAAUUAUUUCGGUGACUCCCUUAUAAUGCAUGGUAUGUUGACUUCAGCAGAAAAGUACGCUGAACCUGGUAAACCAGUAUACUUGUUGGAAUUUGCUUAUAAGAGUGAACGGGGAGGUUUCGAGCCGUUCUACGAGUACAUCAACCUGCCAGGGCAUGGUGACAUUGCGAGGAACCUAAUAUCGACUGUACCGAUCACGAGUCGGAGUGACAGACUGACAGUGACUCGUCUGGCACGACUAAUAGCGAAUUUCGCCAAGUUUAGUGACCCAACGCCAACACACACACCAAUGCUCCCAAUGAAAUGGCCCAUAGUCCAACCCGGCAACCUCACGUACCUGCACCUAGACCAGGAAUUCAGCGUGCGGCAGCACUACAACUGCUCGAGGAAGCGGCUCUGGGACGAGCUGUACACGUUGUACAGGAAGCCUGUCACAGCUGUUAACCCGUUUAUUUUCAUUUAGGGAUAUACACCUCAAUACCUUAGCAACCAUGGGUUUCACAUGGCUUGCCUCCGAAGAUUUAACUGCCCAUGCGACCCUCCAGAACAAAUCAAACAAACAUUGGAACACUUAAUAAAUGAAUGUUCAAGGUUUGCAGCUAAAUGAAGUAAUCACGUUAUAACAUUUUUAUUUAUUUAUUACAUACAUACAUAUACCUUAUCUUUUUCCUCUCCUUCAUUCUUCCUUACUUUUCUAAAUUCUUCUUCGGAGUUGCAUAAAGUUGGUCACACGACCGCUUCUUACACUGUAAACACAUAGAUACACUCAACACACACAUAACACUCCACAAAUCAUUACAUACACUACACUUAAAUCUUCCGGGAUCACACAACUACACACACAGAACCUACGCGUAUACCGAUAGCGCCAAGUUUCUAGCAACAAAACACUUGACAAGGUGGAGAGGUUCAGUCCGUAGACGGCUAGGAGAAAAAUCUCCAGUGCAGCCGAGUCGGGCAUGCUACCGGAUAAUACAGGGCCGGCAGUAUCCAAAGAGGAUUACCUCCACCUCUAAAAAAAGAGUGUCAUAUUCAUUGCCAGCGAAAUUGUGUUCGUUGGGGUAGUGCGUGGUCGGACGAGUACGGUCUGGAGUGCGGGGGGGGGGGGGGGGCUGACCUCACUUAAAGUUUUCAAUUUGUAUAUAUCGAUGCCUUGAUCGGCGAGCUUAGCAGUACGUGUCGGCUGUCAUAUAGAUAAGGUUCGUUUUAAUAAUAUAAGCUAUGCUGAUGGCAUGGUACUGCUAAGCCCGUCGGUUGGUGGUCUGAGGUUCAGGGUACUAUUGCGGCCGCCUCGGUACUGCAGUGCGUCGGGCAUGUUCGCGGACACACGUGAACGGUUUUCAUGCGACACUGCGCAAGGGCUGCGCUGCGACGCUCCGCAAAGUGCGGUAUAGUCUCCUGGCCGUCGUGACGUAACCGACAGAUGGGACAGUGGCCUGAUAAGGCACUGGUCCUCUUGCAUGUAUCUUUAGCACGUGAGAUAAUUAUUUAAGUUAACCUUAGUUAUAAGACUUGUAAGUUUUAAAUAAUUAAGUUUGUUUUACUAACAAAAUAUGGACCAUGUUGUCUGAAAUAAAUGCAUUUUAUUUUUAUUUUA